AUGCCGGGCAGCAAGCGGAGACGGUCGCCGUCACCGAUGAGGAACAGGGGGCAUGCCGCCAACACGGCCAUGCCCGCGCUCUUCGUCCUCGACGAGCUCUUCCUCCGCGUCUUGGGCUUCCUCGACGCGCGCGAGCUCGCCAGCGCGCAGGGCGUGAGCCGGCACUGGGCGAGGAUGGCGCUCGACCCGCAAUUGUGGAAGCGGCUGUACCUCGACCGAUACCCCCACCCGCACCACUCGCGCCUAGUAUACACGCGCCCCUCGGGCGCGUCGACCCCGCUGCGGCCCGUCGCGCGGCUGCCGUCGCGCGCAUUCCCGCCGCCGCUGUCGCCUGCGUCCCCGGCCUUGGACAUUGCCCUCGUCUCGUCGGGGAAAGGGAGCGCACGGGGCGCUCUGACCCGGGAGAGCUUGGCGACUGAACACGUCGUGCGUAACGACGGGAUCGACUGGAAGGCCAUGAUGCGGUUAGGGACCAACUGGUCGAAUGGCAACGCACGGUCCGAGGCGAGCGUGUCCCUCCCCCCUUCGCCUGUCUCGCGGGCAGCCGACCAGCCUGAGGAAGACGACCCGCCACCGCAACUGCCGUACACGCCACAUCACCUCGCGCUGUUCCCGGCCUUCAUCUGCACCUCGAGCCCAAGUUCGCCAUUGGUACACGUCUACGCGGCGCAGAAAGGCGAAAUACCUCAGAGGGGUGACGCCGCGCCGCCCUCGCUUGGCAUCGUUCCGCCGCCGCCGGGCUGGUCGUCACCCAGCCGGCCAGACAACGUUACGGCGAUCUGUGCCGACCAGGCCGUCGUCCAGGCGGAGGACGGCGCGCUCCCCGCCCGACUGGCAAUAUUCUACGCGUCGGGUGGGUUCGCGAUCGUGCGGCUCCGCCUGGUCGACGGGCGACUCGUCUGGGGGCGCGAGUCGGUGUCGACGACCCGAGCGCGGCCACACCGUCGCGGCUCACCGGCCGGAGCGGACCCCGUCAUCCUCGCCGCGCUAAACUACCCCGUGCUCAUAACCUGCACAGUGCACUUCCACCUGUCGGUCUACCUCCUGUCCGACACGAAACCUACAUUGCUCCGCUCGCUGCACUCGGAGGUCUCUUUCCAUCCGGCAGCGCUGUCACUCUUCCCCCCUGUCGACGCCAAGCCUGGCCGCUUCCGCGCGGCGCUGACGUACUCGACGCCGAUCUACCCGUCGUCCUGGACCGUCGCGGUGCAGGAAUUGGGCAUCAGCUUGUCGCCUUCCGGUGCCGCGAUCCACCGCGGGGAGUGCUACCGGGUCGGCGGCGGGGCGCCACACGACGCCUGGCCGCGCCGGUUGAGCCCGCUCGUCGGCGUGCGCGGAGAGGCAGUCGGCGUCGGCACCGACGGCCGGUGGUGCGUCCUCGCUGGGGGGAGCGAUAGCGUCAUUCACGUGUACUCGCUCCCCACGCCGCAUACCAAGGCGGGAGAAGACCCGCCGCCAAUCGUCCACGCGCAGACCCUCCUCGCGCCAACCGUUUCCGUCACGUCCGUCUCACUCGCGUCCGGGCGCUGUGUGUCAGGAGGACGUGACGGCCGCGUGCUCGUAUGGGAGCUGGACGAGGGGGAAGGCGACGAAGAGGGCGCCAAGGUGGGCCGGACGAUCGGGUUCGUCGAGGUCCAGCCUGGCGGGCGGCGCCGUGUCGACCCGCCGGCUGGUCACCCCUCCUCGCCGGACACCGACACGGACUCGGACGACUCGGAGCCAGACUCCCCCUCUGCCCUCCCCCACCCUGCAGCCAUCUCCACCGCCGCGCGACAGCUCUUCCUCGCUACCCCACCGGCCUCGCUCCACCCCGCGCCAUCUGUUGCCCCCAGUGAUCUCCGCCCCGCGAUCCGACAGCUGGCAUUUGACGAGCAGAAGAUUGUGGCCCUAGCCGAUGACGCCGGCGUCGAGGUGAUGCGUGUGUGGAGUUUUGCAUAA